UGCAAAAAGUCUGAUUCCUUUAUCAGAAUAAGGCUUAGGCCUAGUUAAAUGUGGAAAAAGAAGAAUUAUUUUUGAAAUUGUCACAAUAAAAAUGUCUUUACUCUACAUUAUGUUCAUCUUACGUUACAUGUAGUGAAUUAUGCAGGCUAAUUGUGACAAUUGGCAAAGAGUAAUAAGAAUGGAUAGAGGAGAAUACACCACUUGUACAGUUAUUCUCAAAGGUGCUACUAUUACAUCGUGGAGAAUCAAAGACGAAGAACAAAUAUUUAUGAGCCGUAUUUCGAAACUAGACAACUACCAUAAAUAUAGAGGAGGUAUUUGUUUAAUAUUUCCCCGGUUUGAACACUGGGAAGUAGGUAGAUUUCACGGGUUUGCUAGAGAUUUAAUGUGGGGCGUAAAACGGGGCCCAUACAAUGACAAAGAAGGAAAUGUUCACCUGGAUAUGAUUUUGACUUCCGAUUGCUUUACUAGAUCUUGUUGGAAUUGUGACUUUGAAAUUCAUUACAGUUUAAUAUUAAAAACGUCCGAACUAGAAACCAAAAUAGAAGUUGUAAAUCUCAGUCCAUCAACUAGUUUUCAAUUUCAUUUAGAACAACAUUGGCAUAUGAAAGUAAAAGAUGUAUCUGCUGUUGUCUUCAAAGGUCUCAAGGGUUUAACCUAUGUUGAUAGAGAACAUGUUAAUCCAGACGUUCCUUUUCUUUUAUGUACCACCAACGAUUUCAUGUUAGGGGAUGAUCGUACAGACCUAACAUUUUAUAAUACUUCACCUGAAUUGAAUAUAGUUAGUGAACCGGAAAAUAAAAUUUUCAGAAUCAGAAAACAAAACAUGCCUGAUUUGAAUUUAUGGAUCCCUGGAACAACUGAAUGUAAAGAUAGUGGAUUAGAAGACGACGAAAUCAAACAUAUGAUCGUUGCAGAUUUUGGAAACGUACGUUACAAAAAGAUUUUGUCCCCAAAAACUACUUUUGUAGCUACCGAAACCAUCGAAGUUCUCCAAAUCUACACACCUCCUCCGAAAUAUAGCGACUUUUUAGAAUAUUUUAGUCAUAUCUGCUAAUUAUUGGGAAUACGAAAAGACAAAAUUGGAUAUCAAAAUCACGCGAACUUAUAGUCUCUGUGACAUCCUCUUAUCCAUUAUUAUUUUUAUUAUUAUUAUUAUACCCAUUAUUUUAAGUAUCUAUUAUUUUUACAAAUAAAAAGUGUUUUAGCCGAGAGUUC